GGUUCUGAAAUGGUAGCUGUAACAUUGAAAGUGCUAUUGAAAAUAUUGGGAAUGAAUCAUUGCUUCAACCUCAACGUUGAUGAAAGACAAAUUUCCUAAGAGGCCCUUGUGACGUCACGGCCUUCACUCGAGGGCUGCUGCUAAUCGAAAUAAAUAUGGCUGACCGUCGGCGAGUGCGGCUGGAAUGCUCGGAUGGAUCCGUUUUUACGCACAGAGAAUUGUUCGUUUGACUGGGGUUAUCUUCGCUAAGGUAAAAGCUGAAAACGAGCGUAAUAUCAAGGCUUUAAUAUUAUAGGCAUGGAUUUGAGUGAGUGAUCAUUUUGAGAUGAAUGAAACGGGCUCGCGAUCUAGUGCCGGAAUGACUUCACCACGACAUCCAACGCACCAAGCCGUAAUGGAUAGACUGCGGCAACGUUUCAGCCAGUACCGAAAGCGGCACUAUGACUGCCAGAAACAAUAUGCAGAGUCACUGCCAGCUGUUCAGGACAUGGAGAGACAAGAAGCACUGAAUUUGCACAAACGUGCUUUAGAUAGCCGCAAUAGGAUGAUGAACAUGAACGGGAAGACAUCAAAACAAAAUGACGGCGAAGGCAAAGUAGAACAGCAACAAACAGCAAACGGAUUUGAAAAGUCAACUAAUGCUAUCUAUCAAAUACGCGAGCAGCAAAUCCUAUUGAAGAAGAGAAAACACGAACAGAAUAUGAACAGUACACAGAAUUCGUACGUGGAAUCGAAUGAUGACAACCUAGGAGGGGAGUACAUGAGCAAGCUCCAGAGACAUGAUGGUGUUUUGCAUGUUUCGUCGACAGAGGGACAAAAUACUGUCGUUUCGGUUAAUCAACCACACCGGAUAACACAUGCUCCAAGUCAAGUGCAUCAACCUAAUUUCAAUCCCAUUUCAAUCCACGAAACUGUCGGAACAGAAACGUACGCUCGUAGUGGAAGCCACAGAUUGCCGCUUGAUUUUAAGCGAGAGAAGGGUGCGAUCGAUUCUUGCGAUGAAUCCACGCAUUCUGAAAAUGGCCCGGGAACUGUGGUUAACGGUGAAGACUACAUACGACAAGAGCUUAUCCAUUUUGAAAACGUAAUUAAACGCUUUAAUGAAGACAGUGCACCUGCCACGUCGCAAUCAAUGCACUCAAGUGACAGAGCUUCACUGAGUGGUAUCGAUGACAAAAAGAAGCACCCACAAUCUCUUCAAUUGAAAGAAAUUGCCAGGAAGUCACAGUUUGCUCAGGCUCAGCCUGUAAUGUCAUUUGGGGAAAGCCAAGAACGACCUAAACAACACUCUAGUCAGUAUCCUGUUGGCCCAACAGGCCAACAGUCCCCUGGUUUACGGCACCCCUACACAGCAGGUAAAUACCCUGAAGGUUUGUCAGUCAUUUCAAAUAAUCAGCGGCAAUUACCUAGGCAGUAUCAAAUGGCUCUGUCAUCGCAGUCACCAUUACAACAACAACAACAACAACAACAACAGCAACCACAACCAUUUUAUGGUUUUCAACAGGACAGCUUACCAAAACUCACCCACAUGCCUUCACAAGUCCAACAGCUGUUCGCUCAUAAAUUUCAAAGUCAACCAGUUAUUUCAUCGUCAUCACAGGUGGCAGGAUUAAGAGGACCAGUUUCUUCACAUGACAUGACAAGAUACACCAUUCCUCGAUCACAAACACAAUAUCAGCGUCAAAAGUCAAUGCCACCAUUACAAAAUCAACCCUACUCAAACUCUGACUCACAGUACCAACAACAAGUUGGUAGUUACCAGGGAGACCUAUCUGGAUUUUCAGAUCAAACCAAUACUUACCAUUAUCAGCGGAGAAACUCUUUUCCAAUUUAUCAUCGUACAAAUAGCCAGCCACAAGAAAAUUUCUCACGUGGAAUGCAGCACACUUUGGGAUCUAAUCAAGCAAGUCUUCUAAGAGGUGUUUUACAAACUCCUUCCCAAAAUGUUGUAGAUGAUAGAGAUUCUUACUUGAUGAAUUCCAACAUGAGUUUUUCAUCAUCAUCUUCUCCGCAAACAGUACCAUUGUUACCCAGAAGGACACCCUCUUCUAAUGGUGAUCUAAACACAGUAGGUCCUGGCUCACAACAUUCAUCAAUGAUGUAUAGAGGAAGUAUUCAACAACAACAGCAGUCUGAUUCAGUAUUACAACAGGGAAGUGAAUUUCAGACUUCUUCUGUGCCCCUCAGAGAAAUGACUGAGCGAUAUUCAUCUGUGACGGAGGUUGAUGCACAGUAUGGUGGGAUCCCGCCUCUAAGUUCACUUGAUAAAGCACCUUCAUUUACAUCUCUACUUGAACAGUCAGCCAUUAAUCAAGGGAAUCUAGAAACAACUUACACAGGAUCAAUACCUAACCUAGAUUUGCUUGGUGAACUCUUAGGUUAGUGAUACUAAAAGUAGAAACAUACCAGUUUGUUUUUUUCUUCUUUAACGUUUAGUUAAUCAAGUUAAGUUUUAUUCCUGUGGGAAAAAGGGGGCUUUUAUGACCCCACAUUGGAACAGAGUAAAUGUUUUUAACAUCUGACAUAUUUAGUGUUUUUGGGAAAAUAAUUUCCAUUAGAGAACCUUUUUUUAAUUGAAAACUUUUUUUUUUAAUUUGAUGUUUUGUUUCUAGGUUGUUUAAGAUUCUCAUUUUUUAUGCUCCAUCAUUUAACACAAUUACUUCAGCAGCAACCACCAAGUGUUUUUCUUUUAGUUACCAGGAAAGUUGAUAAAAAAAAAGAAAGAAAUUGAGAAUUGUCUGAACCCAUCUCAUUGAGGGAAUUUUUUCGGUGGUCCAGGUUUCUUUUCAUGUUGUAUGGCAGAGACUUUAUCACCAAGUUUGGUUCUCAAGAUUUCAAGCUUGUACAAUGCACAAUUUUGUCUACUGAAUGGUGACUUGAAUUAUCAAAGAAAAAUAGGAUUGAUGUUGUGCAAAUAAAUGGUCAUGGUUGCCACAGGACAGGGAAAAGGUGGGAAGUUAACUUUGACUUGUGGAAAUUUUACAUCUUUGAAAAAAGUCAGGAAAAAGUGUAAUUUUAAAUAAACAAGAAGUUGGUCUUGGCCCUGAAGAAAGAUGGUGACACUUUCUUUAUUGUGAUGUUGACAUUACUCAUGUACUUUGUCUAAUACAGUUGAUAGAUUCCUGACCAACAUGUCCUUUCCCUUUGUAAUAUUCAAGUUGGUGUGUGAAUGAAAUCAUACAUUUUCUUUUUCUGUUUUCAUUGUUUCUAAUAUUUGAAAUUCUUGGGUGUGUUUUGUGGACUUGAAAGGUGUUGGAUUGGUAGUAUGUUGUUUAACAUAUUUAAUGUCAUCUCAAGGGGCUAUCCAUUCAUAUACACUGUAUGUGAUUUGUGAAAAGCAUAAAGGUAUGGGUGGAGAGAGUGGCUGUGAGGGGAGGUUGCAGGCCAUUAUGAGGGCUGGUUUGUGAAAUUGUGAAUUCGGUUGGUCUGGUAAAUUUAUGUUUCUUAGGGGAAAAGUCAGAGAAUUUCCAAAUUCUGUGACUGUGGCAACCAUGAUAAUGACAAAUACUUUUAAGGUGAUACUCAGACUCUGCUGUAUUUCUAUGGUAAAUUUCAAAAUUCUUGAGGAAAGUAUAUUUAGAACAACCACAUGUACUGAAGACACCAUUUACAUGUGACAUAAGUGUUAAAAAGCAGCAAGUUAGUCUGAGUAAUUUAUACAUUUGUAACUUGAUAUGCUAUAUCUGUUUAUCUUCCUUUAAGUUUUUAUCAUAAUAUAUCUGACAAUACCUAUAUUUUACUUCAACUUAAUUUUUUUUUUUGGUUAGUGCCUAAAAUACAAAUAUAUUUCUUGUGCUUCCCUUGUAAUCCUGGGCAUAGCCCAAAAUACUAAUUCAGAAAACUUUUUAUUUAGCUUUUACUUCUUCAAAAUAUUAUAGAGUCUGAAAGUGUCGUCUGCAAUUUUCUGUAGCUAUUCUAAAUUGUUUCCUAUUUCCUUGAUGUAAAGUGCCAUGUUAUGAGAAUAGAAAACAAGCCAUUACCCAAAAUUAACUGUUGUUGCAAUAGACAAAAAAAUUAUGUCACCCCCUAUUUUCCUGGGUAACCUGGGGAGGAAAUUACUCAGUAAAUGUUGAGCUUUGUUUUUGUUUUGUUUUGUUUUGUUUUUUUCUUACAUGUAAGAGUGCUCAUAGGUGGAGAAAGCAUUUCAAAGAGUCUUGGCAUGGUUUCUGAAAGACAUGUAAUUUUACCUUCAUCAACAUAGAUUUCAGUGAAAUGGAUGCAGCUUAAGGCCUUUAACACUGGAACUCAGUUUUUAAGUUAUAGUGUAUACAUAGUUUGGGCAUUUGUAAAGGCUUAUGGAUGUGGAAAUUUGUUUUAGUUGUGUUUGUCUGUAGAGAGGUGGUGGAUUAAUGUAACAAAUUCUUGAAGGGAUAUCCCAAAAUUGUACAAAUGUCUUUGACAUAAAUACAUUGAGCCUGUUCAUUUGAAA